AGCAGGUCGAGGCUCGUUGACGUUAGCUGGAGGUAAAAAUAAACGACAUGUAAAGUAUUUUAAGGUAGUUAAAAAGCAAUAAUACGAUCGCCGGCGUUAUAAAACACGAGGAAUUGGCUCAUAACACACAAGCUGAAAAUGGAGCCUCUGGAUCCUGCCAGGAAUGAUGAAGGUAGUGGAUUCUCCAAGCGGCGCAUUUCUUCGAUUUUAAAAGCACCUCGCAGAUCAGUCAGAUUCCCUGACCCAGAGCAACAGGAGAAUGUGGUGGAGUGUAUCAAACCAGUGGAAAAGAGGAUUUCAAGAAGAGUCAGUUUUGCCCCUGCUGAUGAUGUUCUCGUAUUUACAAAGGAUGUAAAAAAUGCCCGAAGUCCUUUGCAAGACUUAAUGACAACAACGGCAGCAGCCACACAGAAUAGGGUCCAGCUGGCAGUCACUGAAGAUGGGCUUCAACGAAUUACAGGAAUGGAAACCCUAUUGAAUGCUCCUCUGCAUGCUUCUCAACAGAAGGAUAAGGUGACCUUUGACACUGAGGGUGACUUUGGAGAGAAAACAGUGAUGUUUUCAACAGAUGAUGCAUUCAUGGACAUGACCCACUGUCACACUAUAAACAUCGCCAGUGAUGCAGACUUACUUGCAGAUAUGUCUGUGUCACUACCCACCAGCAGAAACAUGGAUUUAAGUGCAGAGAAGAGAAACAUAUCCUCAUGUGUGCCUUCUUUGGAUCCUGGGUUUGAAAACUUUCUUGCAAGUCUCUCUAAACCCAGUGGUGCCAGCGUUAACCCUGUAAUCACUAAGAUGACGCCUCCUGCUGGAGAAUCCUCAGAAGAAACAAACGGCACACUGGCCCAAAUUAAAACACAAAGGACUGAUGUGGAUAAAGAAAAUCAGGCUCCAACUUCUGUUCCAGCUGUGAUGGAGAGAUCACUUAACACAUCCAGGAAGAUUGGUGAAUUAUCUUUUGGAAGUACACUCUGUCCAAAAGAUGAUUUAAGCAUGGAUAUGACUGAAGCUCAUACAGGCCACAUUCAGGCAUUCGCUGAUGAUGAUGACGUCUUUCAGUGUCUCAUUCCCACACAAGAAAUGUACUCUCGCCUUGAUAACAGAGUACUGCAGACAACAGAGAAGACCAAACAACAGCAGAGCAGUAAAACACAAGUGUCAUUCAACCCUAAAGGUAUGACAUCCUUGAAGAAUCCCCCUCUACAUGCUUCUCAUCAAAGACACAAGGUCAACUUUGAUCCAAAAGAUGAAUGCAGAGAGAAAACGAUAAUGUUCAGUGCAGGUGAUGAGUUUAUGGAUAUGACUCAGAGUCACACGGUAAACAUUGCCAGUGGUUCAUCGGCUCCUCCAAACCAAAGCAUUUUUCUUACUCGUGGAAAAAUGGACAGUGCUUCAACUGCAGCAAUGCUUCAGGAGAGGAAACGUGACACUUGUGGUGUACCUAGUUCCUCAGCUAAUGGUUUAGAUCCAGAAUUUCAAGACUUCCUUUCAAGUCUCUUUAAACCUGGUGCUUCCAGUGGUAAUCCUCCUACCGGAGCGUCCUCGAAGGAAACUGUCAACACAAACAGCUCCCUGUCCCAGAUUAAAAGUGAUGUUGGUAAAGAAAAACGGUCACUGAACACAAGCAGGAGCUAUGGAGAAUCAUUAAAUGGAGGUGCAAUCUGUCCUGAAAAUGACGUCAGCAUGGAUAUGACUGAAGCUCAGACGGGCCGUAUCGUAGGAUCCACUGGUUCAGAUGAUCCUUUCCAGUUUCUUUUUCCCACACAAGAUAUGUACCCGCAGAGUGAGAGUCUAAACAAACAAGAUAUGACUUCCGGACAGAAGAACAGCGAAGUGCUGGGAUCAUCUAACCGCACAGGUAUGGAAGCCUCAUUGAAACAGUCUUUGAAGACAAAGGUGCAAAGAAAUCAGGUCAAGUUUGAUGCUGAAGACGACUGCAGAGAGAAAACUGUGAGGUUUUCUGCAGACGAUGCCUGUAUGGAUGUGACACGGAGUCACACUGUGAACAUCGUCACUGAUCUCAAACUGCAGUCCCAACAAAAUCUGGACUUCUUACCUACAUGUGGAGAGAAAACUGUGAGGUUCACUGCAAAUGAUGCAGCCAUGGAUAUGACCAGUGCCUCACUGUAA